CUUCCUCCCCGUCUCAGGGCGCUGCCAGACCCAAGAGUCCUCCAGCUCCCAAGCCACUCACCUCUGAGCCCAGCAGUGACACGGUUAAUGGAGAAUUAUCUUCAUCUGUCCUAGCUGAUAAUACAUCCACCAUGGGUACUCCACUACCAUCUGAGGAUACCACCUCAGCUUCCACUUGCACUAGCACCAUCGUCCAAGAGCCUCCUGUACAAGAAGACUCGGCGUCCUCAGAACACAGUGAAUGUAUUCCCUCUACCAGUGCACAAGUGGGACCAGAAGCUCGGAGCCUCAUAGAGCCUGACUCUGAUUCCAGAAAUAAUUCUGUUUUUGACAAAUUAAGGCAGCCAGAAGGGUGUGGGGAGCCUCUGCGACCACAGUCUGGAAAUGCCAAUACAGAAUCUUUGCCAUCGGGGUGGGAACAGAGAAAAGAUCCACAUGGUAGAACCUAUUAUGUGGAUCAUAAUACUCGAACUACUACAUGGGAGAGACCACAGCCUUUGCCUCCAGGUUGGGAAAGAAGAGUUGACGAUCGUGGAAGAGUUUAUUAUGUGGAUCAUAACACCAGAACAACAACGUGGCAGCGCCCCACCAUGGAGUCGGUUCGGAAUUUUGAGCAGUGGCAGUCUCAGCGCAAUCAAUUGCAGGGAGCUAUGCAACAAUUCAACCAGCGAUACCUCUACUCGGCUUCAAUGUUAGCUGCAGAAAAUGACCCAUACGGACCUCUACCACCAGGCUGGGAAAAAAGAGUGGAUUCAACAGACAGAGUAUACUUUGUGAAUCAUAAUACAAAAACAACCCAGUGGGAAGAUCCAAGGACUCAAGGCUUACCAAAUGAAGAACCACUGCCAGAAGGCUGGGAAAUUAGGUAUACUCGGGAAGGUGUUAGGUAUUUUGUUGAUCAUAACACAAGAACAACAACUUUCAAAGACCCUCGCAAUGGGAAGUCAUCUGUAACUAAAGGUGGUCCACAGAUUGCUUAUGAGCGCAGCUUUAGGUGGAAGCUUGCUCACUUCCGUUACUUGUGCCAGUCUAAUGCACUACCCAGUCAUGUGAAGAUCAAUGUGUCCCGACAGACAUUAUUUGAAGAUUCCUUCCAGCAGAUUAUGGCAUUAAAACCAUAUGACUUGAGGAGGCGAUUAUACGUAAUAUUUAGAGGAGAAGAAGGCCUUGAUUAUGGUGGCCUUGCAAGAGAAUGGUUUUUCUUGCUUUCCCAUGAAGUUUUGAACCCAAUGUAUUGCUUAUUUGAGUAUGCAGGCAAGAAUAACUAUUGUUUACAGAUAAAUCCAGCAUCAACUAUAAAUCCUGAUCAUCUUUCAUACUUCUGUUUUAUUGGUCGCUUUAUUGCAAUGGCUCUAUUCCAUGGAAAGUUUAUUGAUACUGGUUUCUCUUUACCAUUCUACAAGCGUAUGCUAAGUAAAAAACUUACUAUUAAGGAUUUGGAAUCUAUUGAUACUGAGUUUUAUAACUCCCUUAUCUGGAUAAGAGAUAACAACAUUGAAGAAUGUGGCUUAGAAAUGUACUUUUCUGUAGACAUGGAGAUUCUGGGAAAAGUUACUUCCCACGAUCUGAAGUUGGGAGGUUCCAAUAUCCUGGUGACUGAAGAAAACAAAGAUGAAUAUAUUGGUUUAAUGACAGAAUGGCGUUUUUCUCGAGGAGUACAAGAACAGACCAAAGCUUUCCUUGAUGGGUUUAAUGAAGUUGUUCCUCUUCAGUGGCUACAGUACUUCGAUGAAAAAGAACUGGAGGUUAUGCUGUGUGGCAUGCAAGAGGUUGAUUUGGCAGACUGGCAGAGAAACACUGUUUAUCGACAUUAUACAAGAAACAGCAAGCAAAUUAUUUGGUUUUGGCAGUUUGUGAAAGAGACUGAUAAUGAAGUAAGAAUGCGACUCUUGCAGUUUGUCACUGGAACCUGUCGCUUACCUUUAGGAGGAUUUGCCGAGCUCAUGGUAAUGGGCCUCAAAAGUUUUGUAUUGAAAAAGUUGGCAAAGACACCUGGUUACCAAGAAGCCAUACAUGCUCAAGACAUGGCUGCGCAGUGUGUCACAAAGGUGGAACUAAACAUUUCCUGUGACAACCUUUUGGAUAAAGAUGUAACAUCCAAGUCGGACCCUUUAUGUGUGUUGUUUCUGAACACAAGUGGUCAACAGUGGUAUGAGGUUGAACGGACAGAAAGAAUUAAGAAUUCUUUGAAUCCCAAAUUUUCUAAAACAUUCAUUAUUGAUUACUACUUUGAAGUGGUUCAAAAAUUAAAGUUUGGAAUUUAUGACAUCGACAACAAAACAAUUGAGCUGAGUGAUGAUGACUUCUUGGGGGAAAGUGAAGUCACGCUUGGACAAAUUGUUUCCAGUAAGAAGCUAACUCGACCAUUGGUGCUCAAAAAUGGCAGACCUGCAGGGAAAGGGAGUAUUACGAUUUCAGCAGAAGAAAUAAAGGAUAACAGAGUGGUAUUGUUUGAAAUGGAAGCCAGAAAACUGGAUAACAAGGAUCUGUUUGGAAAGUCAGACCCAUACUUGGAGUUUCACAAGCAGACAUCAGAUGGUAACUGGCUGAUGGUUCAUCGAACAGAGGUUAUCAAAAACAACCUGAAUCCUGUGUGGAAGCCAUUCAAAAUCUCUCUUAACUCUCUGUGCUAUGGAGAUAUGGACAAAACCAUUAAGGUAGAGUGUUAUGAUUAUGACAAUGAUGGAUCACAUGAUCUCAUCGGAACAUUUCAAACCACCAUGACAAAACUCAAAGAAGCCUCCAGAAACUCACCUGUUGAAUAUGAAUGCAUAAAUGAAAAAAAGAGACAAAAGAAAAAAAGCUACAAGAAUUCAGGUGUUAUCAGUGUAAAGCAUUGUGAGAUUACUGUAGAAUGCACAUUUCUUGACUAUAUCAUGGGAGGAUGCCAGCUGAAUUUUACUGUGGGAGUGGACUUCACUGGCUCCAAUGGUGACCCCAGUUCUCCAGACUCCCUGCAUUACAUCAGUCCUAAUGGUGUUAAUGAGUAUCUGACUGCCAUCUGGUCUGUGGGAUUGGUAGUUCAAGAUUACGACGCUGAUAAGAUGUUUCCAGCUUUUGGCUUUGGAGCUCAGGUGCCUCCUCAGUGGCAGGUGUCUCAUGAAUUUCCAAUGAACUUUAACCCCUCGAACCCCUAUUGUAAUGGAAUCCAAGGCAUUAUAGAGGCUUAUCGGACCUGUCUUCCUCAGAUAAAACUGUAUGGACCAACUAAUUUUUCUCCAAUUAUAAACCACGUGGCCAGGUUUGCAGCUGCAGCCACACAACAGCAGACAGCUUCUCAAUACUUCGUUCUCUUGAUCAUCACCGAUGGUGUGAUCACAGACCUUGAUGAAACCAGACAGGCUAUCGUCAAUGCUGCCAAGCUGCCCAUGUCUAUCAUCAUUGUCGGAGUUGGCGGAGCUGACUUUAGUGCCAUGGAGUUUCUAGAUGGUGAUGGUGGAAGUCUUCGCUCCCCUUCAGGCGAGGUGGCCAUAAGAGAUAUUGUUCAGUUCGUGCCUUUCAGACAGUUCCAGAAUGCUCCCAAAGAAGCACUUGCUCAGUGUGUCCUGGCAGAGAUUCCCCAGCAGGUGGUGGGCUACUUCAACACAUACAAACUCCUUCCUCCCAAAAAUCCAACUGUGAAAUAGAAGGAGCCAGUACAACCACAGGAUUCAUAAGCUGUAUGGAGCAAUGGCAUUUCCUACACAGAAUGAUGUGUCUGCCUUCUGUGCUUUUCACCCCCAGCGUUACUGAUAUAAACCCAGGGUUUUGUAUAUAUUAUAUCUGUUUAAAGCAUACAUUUUAUACUUUUUGAAGUGGACCAGAGCAAAUGAAUCAAUGAAUUCAAUGAUUCUUAGUGAUUUAUAGAAAUUAAAGAGUGUUAUUUGGAAUGGAAUCUAAUGUGGGAAAAGUGGAGUUUGUUAGUUUGUUGUCUACUUUCUAUAAUGAAAAUGCCAUUUUUAAAUGAUGCCAGUAAAGCAAAUGAAUUACAGGACGAUGUGUGUGCACGUUGCUAUAUGGUUUAUAGUAAAUAUUUUGCAAGCCAGCGUCUGUGUUUGUGACUGAGAGCUGCUUAAGUUAAAUAGUGCUGAACUUGUGCCUAUGACUUUGUGUUCUGUUCCCUUUCUAUGCUGCAAUGCUUUCGUAUACAAAACUGUUUUCAUAUGGGUCUUUAUGAAAAGCAUUGGGCUUACUUAGAUUUUAAAUUGUACAAUCAACCAGUGGAAAGAUCUUUGAGGAAAGACAUUUUUAUUUGCUCUUUGAAAUCUUUUCUUUUCA